UUCGGUGGUGUCGUCGGGCGAUCGUGUCGAGUCGUCGUAUCGGGUCAUCGUGUUGGGCCUGCGAUGAGUUCGGUUCAAGGAUAAACUCAACUUGUUGCGAGAGAACACACGUACACGAGGUGGGUGGUGAAGGAGGAGUAGAUGCGUGUGGAAGUGUGUCUUGGCGUGAGGCGACGCUUUGGUGCGAAUGUGUGUCGGCUGGUGUGGUCGUUGGUGUCGCUGCUGAUGGUUGCAUCGCAGCCAGCCGUAAAGGAAUACGCUAUUUCGCGCGAGUGUCGGUACCGUGGCGUCGUGGAGGUGUCGUUGCUCGGUCGACCGGUGUCGAUUCCCUCGAUGAUCGAUCGACGACGCGGCCUCCGUUUCUUUCGAUCGAUUUCGCGACCGUGUUGUAUCGAGCGGCCUGGUCGUUCUCACUCGUCCGUAUUUUCAACCGCGUCGCACACGAGAUGAGCAACGGGAGCAACGUGCUCGUCGAGCAUCGGUGUUGGUACCAUCGCGCUAUACAGCGCUUUGACGGAAGUUAAGCAUCGUGAUCGUUGCGAAGAGAGCAAAGGACGAAGGGGAGCAUCGAGUGGUUGGCAACGGCAGCAGCGGCUCGUCGAAGAAGGAGUGCAGGCAAGCACGUGACACGAGUGCCGUGACCCGAGACACUUGUUGCACGGCUGCUGUCCCUUAAAGAGUCAGGCUGCACGGCGUGUUCCUUCAACGCGACAGGAUUAGUCAACGUCGAAAAUAACUAGAAGGAGGGAAAAGGGAAAGAAAGAGAAUAAAAGGGAAAUAAGAGGGACGUACGUGUCGUGAAUUCCGUUGAAUAUCGCGUUUCUUGCGACGUACUCGUGGCAUGUCGGCGGCGUUUCUUUCUAACGUGGUUCGCGAGAAGAGGAUCGUCCGUUGACGGGAUGAGAAAAGCACGAGCGGGGUAAUCGUGUGAUGCUGUCGAGGCGAUCGUGGAUUCGUCGUCGGCCAGCGAGCGCACAGGCGACGCGUCGCUCUGUCUAGGAUUAGUGGUAUCGGAGUUUCGAGUUUUCGGGCGUAAAGAAGAGGCAAGUGGAUACCGGGAAGAACGGAGAACAUGAACGUGAUCCUGCGUUUAGACCGGUGACACCGGUGGCGGUUGUGUGUGCGUGGCUAUCGUCGCUGGUAACACCCAAUUAGCAGACUAUCACUGAGACGACGGAUAUCCUCACUCGGUGGAUAUCGUCGGGCUUGUAGACGGGGCGGGUUCGGCGAAGACAGGAAGAAAAAAAGACCGGAAGGCUGGAUCACCUCCGUGGAAUGUCUUCAGGCGCCAAGCGGCUGGUGCAGUCGCUUCGCGGCCGCAGCGGGGGUGGCAGAGGCAGCGGCGGUGGCCGCGGGGAUGGCGGCGGAGGGGAAGGCAGCGGCGGCGGUGGCGGCGGAGCGAGCACCAGCGCGACCAGAUUGUGCCAUUACGAUAGCGGUCACGAGCUGGACGAGAUCUCGGUGGUUGGUGCCGCCAUCAGGGGCAGCGAGGGCCUUCCCACCCCCACGACCCCCUGUCAUUGCGGCGGCCUCAAGUAUGGCAGCGGGCAAACGCUUUACAGCAUCGCCGGCCUGGUGCCCCCUGCGCCCGCUGCACCUGCGCAUGGAGCCCAGUCAGACCCUGCUCAUCGAAUUUGGACUACGUAUGAAACCGUACUUGGCCAACCAAAUUAUUAUCCAAUGCGUAGACGCUCGAGCAUAAUCACAGGGAGUGGCGGCGGAGGAAGAGAUCGGUACAGCGGCGGUUCCGCUUCCGCUUUGAGUUGCGGCGGCGAGAAACUCCGCGAGGACAAACAAGGGAGGAUGCUGGAUGGCAAGACUGGGAUCAGAAGAGAGAAGGAAGAGGACACGAAGAGCGCGGACAACGUUUCCAGGGGUGCUAUACCUUCCAGGCAGAGCCUCCUGGAACUGGUCAGCAGCAAAUGCAUGAGCCGCCACACGCCCACUCAUCAUUAUUAUCAUCAGCAACAGCAGGUGUACUCGGUACCGCAGCGAUAUUUCAGUUCGUCCCGCGACUCGCUUCAGGGGGCUUACGUGAAUCGCGGCGCCAGUGAGUUCGACCUAAGCCGCAAACCGAAGAGGAGGGACCAGCUGAGGGGCAGAUUCAAGCUGCCAUACACCGUCGCGCUCACUUCCUCGCGCGACCAGUCGCACCUGCACACGCCAGCAUCCGUCAAUCAUCUCAGCAAUAGCAGCUGUAACGGCACCGAGACUAGGUAUACGGCGCAGCAACAGCAGCAACAACGUGGUAAUAGAGGCUACCCUGGACAAGCAGGAACAAAGGGUUUUCGUACGGGUGCCCCUAAUUGGUCCUUCAUCUUCGAUCCCGCGGGACGUCUCUGUUAUUACUGGUCGAUGGUGGUCUCCCUUGCCUUUCUCUACAACUUCUGGGUCAUCAUCUACAGGGUCGCCUUCCAAGAGAUAAACGGCGAAACGCGCUGGGUGUGGUUCUGCUUGGACUACUUUUCCGAUUUUUUAUACGUGCUGGACAUAGUGUUUCACAUUCGAACCGGGUACUUAGAGGACGGUGUCUUGCAAACGGACGCGACGAAGCUGCGAAAUCACUAUACAAACAGCACCACGUUUUACAUGGACAUCCUGUGCCUGCUGCCCCUCGACUUUUUAUACUUAUCUAUAGGAUUCAACAGUAUACUUCGAGGUUUUAGGCUCGUGAAAAUAUACCGGUUCUGGGCGUUCAUGGACAGAACCGAGCGACACACCAACUAUCCGAAUUUAUUCCGCUCCACAUCCUUGAUACAUUAUUUACUGGUGAUCUUUCACUGGAACGGGUGCCUCUAUCACAUUAUCGAUAAGAACAACGGCUUCGGCAGUAAGAACUGGGUAUUCAGCGACUCGGAGACCGCGGACGUGGUGAAGAAAUAUUUGCAGAGCUACUACUGGUGCACGCUGGCCCUCACCACCAUCGGUGACCUGCCCAGGCCGAGGAGCAAGGGCGAGUAUUUGUUCGUGAUAGCUCAGCUGCUGUUUGGUCUGUUGCUGUUCGCCACGGUGCUCGGACACGUGGCCAACAUCGUCACUUCCGUCAGCGCGGCCAGGAAGGAGUUCCAGGCAAAGCUGGAUGGUGUGAAAACGUACAUGAGAAUGAGAAGAGUGCCAAAGCAUCUACAGGUGAAGGUGAUCAAAUGGUUCGACUACCUUUGGUUGACGCAGAAAUGCUCGGACGAAGAGAAAGCUGUCAGCUGUCUUCCCGACAAGCUGAAGGCCGAAAUUGCGAUAAACGUGCACCUGGACACGCUACGGAGGGUGGAGAUCUUCCAGAACACGGAGGCUGGCUUCCUGUGCGAGCUUGUACUAAGACUGCGACCAGUUCUUUUCUCACCCGGCGACUAUAUUUGUCGCAAAGGUGAGGUAGGCAAGGAGAUGUACAUAGUGAACAGAGGCCGGCUGCAGGUGGUGGCUGAUAACGGGAAGACAGUGCUGGCUACCCUUAAGGCUGGUUCCUACUUCGGGGAGAUCAGCAUUCUCAAUAUGAGGACUGCAGUUGGUGUUCAAAUAAAAAGGUCACAUAAAAGGGUGUUUCGUAACCGGCGAACAGCCAGUGUACGUUCGGUGGGCUACUCGGACCUCUUCGUCCUCAGCAAGAAGGACAUGUGGGACGUUCUGAAGGAGUAUCCUGCGGCUAGGAUCAGACUGGAAGCCAUCGCGGUCAAGAGAUUGGAAAAAUACAAGAGGGCUCCUCUCGAGAAAGCUGCAAUGGGACGAUGCCAAAGCACGCCAGGCCUCGUGGAGUCACGAGGUCGUAUACCGUUGGAGGAGAUGUGGGUUUCACCGGUGGACACCAAGUCCACUCACGCGUACUCGGCUGGCCACUCGUUGUUCUCCCCCAGCCCUAGUCCGGUGACGUCGCGCGGCUUGCCCAGCACCGCCAGCAACGUCAACGCGAGCAACGUUGCGAGGAGCAUGGAUAGUCCGAUGAGUGCCACCAGCAGCGGCCACAGCAGCGAGGAUCAGACCGCCAGGGCACCGCAAUCCGCGGCCACACAGCCAUCCACCGGCAGACAGUCCACCCACUCUGGCAUAACCAGCAGCAUGACGCAUUUAGUGAGCGAAGGUGCCACGCCGCUUUUAGGCACUAACGAAGCUUUAUUGGCUGAAAUUAAACGUCUCCGGGAACGUCUGGUUUGUUUGGAGUCUGAAAACGCAGUGAUGAGCGCUAAACUGAAUCAACAACAGUGGGAGGUUGAGAAUCGAUUGGCUGAAAUCGAGAUGCAGAUUUGCGGUGCCAGCUCGUCUUCCAGUUUAGAAGAUAACAACGAGCGAAAUCGAGAAAGUAUCAUUUAACAAGAAACAAGGCCGCGAGAGCGCGGCAAAACGAAGAUUGCGCGAAUACGACACUAUUUGGCUGACGCUACGGACGACAGAUACGCGGCGGACGACAGAGAAGAACUGGAAGAAACUAGGAUCUCCGGUAGAUCCAGCGAUACGAAAUCGAUCGGUAGCCUCAGUCAACAUUUCUUCGAAAGCGACGAAGAUGAGAAGUAUUACGGCACUUGCAAU